CUCUGCUCCCCCCCCCGAAAAGAAACACCACACACCUUUGCUCAAGAACUCAGUUUUUUUAAAAAAAUAAUUUUAUUAAAGAAGGUUAAUAAUGACAACAUAAACAUAAAACGUGUAUACAUAACAAUACACCUAUAAUCUCCCUCUUGUGCCAACCUCACCCUCUGGACUAGGUGACCUGAAAUAUCCUUUUAAUCCCUUUUCACCCCCUUCCACUCCAAAAAUAGGUUGAUUCUUCUGCUGGCUUGUGACCUUUUCCCUUCACAAAGACAUAGUACUUCAUAUUUAGAUUCCAUAUCUUUUUAAAAUCAUCAUAUUUUUGUCAUCAACGGCUCAGUUUUGACUCACUGGGAAAAGGAGGCCAGGGUUGGCCCCAGGCGGGCCUUGGACCAGUGAGCAGUCUGGGGCGUGGGCAAAGGAGGUCCUCUCUCAUGCCCCCCCCACGCAGCGGGUGGGCAGUAACAGGGCUCUCUCUCUCUCUCUCCUCUGUGUGGGUUAGAAGACUCUGGCCCUCCUCUCUCACAGUAGCCAUGUGGAGCUUCCUUCCACUCCUGCCUCUGCUAUCUGCCCCACAGGACAGGGGUUCCAUCGCAGUGUCGGCAGCGAUGGCAGAAGACCUGGACCCAAAGCAACUGCAGCAGAUGAAGGAAUGCUCCAGCAAGACGUACCGCAGCAGCCAGCACUCGCAAGCCUUGCUGAGCGGCUUGGUGGCCCUCCGAGACAGAGGCAUCCUCUUUGACGUGGUCCUCCAUGUGGAGGGGAAGCCCAUUGAGGCACAUCGUAUCCUCCUGGCAGCUUCGUGUGAUUACUUCAGGGGAAUGUUUGCUGGUGGACUGAGAGAAAUGGAGCAGGAGGAAGUCCAUAUUCAGGGCAUCUCUUAUAAUGCCAUGUGUCAGAUCCUGAACUUUAUAUACACUUCUGAACUGGAAGUCAGCUUGAACAACGUCCAAGAAAUACUAACCGCAGCCUGCCAGCUUCAGAUUGCAGAGGUUAUCAAGUUCUGCUGUGAUUUCCUCAUGGCCUGGGUGGAUGAUGAGAACGUCCUGGACGUGUACCGGCUGGCGGAGCUCUUUGGCCUGACCCACCUGAGUGAGCAGCUGGACUCCUUUGUCCUGAAGAACUUUGUCACCUUCUCAAAGACACAGACAUACCGUCAGCUGCCCCUGGAGAAGGUCUACGCCCUGCUGAGCAGCAACUCCUUGGAGGUCAUCUCUGAGAACGAAGUCUACGAGGGGGCCCUCCUUUACCACUACACGCCGGAGCAGGUGGAGACGGACCAGGUCUCUCUGAUGGAGCCUCCUAAGCUGCUGGAGACAGUCCGUUUCCCCCUGAUGGAGCUGCAGACGCUGCAGAGGCUCCAUGACAAGCUCAGCCCCUGCCCACUGAAGGAGACUGUGGCCGGCGCCCUGGCGUACCACAAGAACGAGGGCCUCCAGCCCCUGCUGCAGAACACGCACACCCAGCUGCGGUCGGAGUUCCGCUGCGUGGUGGGCUUUGGCGGGAUGCGCUCGACCCCCUCCACGGCCCUCAGCAACCAGGCCCGGUACUUGCACCCUUUGCUGGGCGAGUGGCGGCACUUCUCGGCAGCCUUGUCCCCCAGGAUGUCCAACCAGGGAAUCGCCGUCCUCAACAACUUUGUGUACUUAAUUGGAGGGGACAACAACGUGCGGGGCUUCCGAGCAGAGUCCCGAUGCUGGAGGUACGACCCCCGUCACAACAGGUGGUUCCAGAUCCAGUCGCUUCAGCAAGAGCAUGCAGACCUCUGCGUCUGCGUGCUGGGGGACUACAUCUAUGCCGUGGCGGGCCGGGACUACCACGAGGACCUGCGGGAGGUGGAAAGAUACGACCCCAGAACCAACACCUGGAAGUAUGUGGCACCUCUCAGGAAGGAGGUGUACGCACACGCAGGAGCGGCUUUGGACGGAAGGAUGUACAUCAGCUGCGGGAGGAGAGGAGAGGAUUACCUGAAAGAGCUCCACUGCUACGAUCCUGCGGCCAACUGCUGGGAGAGCCUCGCGGACGGUCCCAUCCGUAGGGCCUGGCACGGGAUGGCGGCACUGCUGGGCAGGCUCUACGUCAUUGGAGGCAGCAACAAUGAUUCAGGCUACAGGCGAGACGUUCACCAGGUUGCCUGCUAUACCCCAAGCACUUCCCAGUGGACAACGGUCCGUCCUCUGCCUGCCGGGCACGGUGAGCCGGGCAUUGCGGUCUUUGGGAACACCAUCUACGUGUUGGGCGGCAGAUCUCACAACCGUGGGAUCCGCAUGGACUACGUCCACAUCUAUGACGCUGAGAGAGAUUGCUGGGAAGAAGGGCCGCAGCUGGAGGAUGAUAUUUCAGGGAUGGCCGCCUGCGUCCUCACCUUGCCAAGAGCUGUUCUGGUGGAAUCAGAGCACUGGGCCCCUGACUGGCCACAGGGCCGACUCCCACAUGCCCCUGACAUUGCCUCGGAGGUCAUGAGCAUCUUGGACUGGGAGGAGUUUGAUAAUCUGAGCGACGAUUGAAAGGCAGGGUCUUUUCCCGUCCUCCUGCAAGAGGGCUGACUUGCUGCUGCUUCCUCAUGGCAGCCGAUCCAGGUGGGGACGGCCCUUCCAGGACACUGUACCCUUCACAGUUAAGAGGGAGAGAGGAGGACACUGUUGGAGGCAGGCUGGCUCCCACGUUGGCAGUGAGAACCUGCCAGAAACUCGCCCAGUGGGCAGCGGUGGGUCUCAGAACAGUGGUUCACCCUGGGUGCUGAGGGGUGGGCGGCACGCCAGCCUCACAACCUGCGGAAAACUCUCAGUAAAUACCCGCUGACUUGAGAAAGGAUUUUUUUUAAUGAACAUGCCUUUACCGUCUGCCAGGAAUGAAAGGGCAGCCAAAGAAUUGCCGUCUCCCCCCCCCCUUGCAGAAGAUGGGGAUUGUGCUCCCUCACCCCUCCUGUUGCUUCUUGGCUGCAUUAACAAUCUGGGGUAGUCACGCUGGGGGUAUGGAGUGUUCAGCGACACCUUUUGUUAUGCUUGCUCAACAAAGCCCUAAGGCUUAUUUAAUUGAC